ACCAGCUAUAAGCACUUGUAAGUUACAAUUUAUCGUGUUGUAGCUUAGUUUGGAGUCUCAAGACUGUGGAGGGUUUUAUUUACCCUCGUAAAAGAAAAGAAAGGAAAGGAAAGGGUUUUAGGCGUUUUUCGUCCAUAUCUCCCUCUGUUUUUGUUCCCUCUUCCUUCUUUUUUUUUUUUUCUCUCUCUUCAUGGCCUCAACUCUGCAACCCUCACAGUCACAGUCCAACUUGUAAAAACCCUCCAAAACUCUCCAAAAUCUUGACCCUUCAAUACCCAAAAUUUUCCAUCUUUGCCACUGCAAGACCCCCAACAAAAACCAAGCAAAACGGCUCCUUGUAUAGUAACCAACACUAGCAGCAAGCUAGCUAGACUUGCAGAUAUCAUGGCUACUAUGGGGAUUGUUUCUUCUACUUCCCAAACUGCUGCUACCCCUUUCGGUAGACCGUUUUGCCCUUCUUCUUCUUGGUUUUUUCGGUCUCGUUCCAGACACUUCUUUUUGGCUUCUUCUAGAGCCUUACAAAGGCGAGAAAUGUGCACGAUGCAGAGUGUUCACUGUGCUUUUCUCAGUGCAACCAUGUCAAGUAGUUCCCGGCAUUGCCAUCAUCCCAAAGAUAUGAGACUUCAGGUAGCUCCUUCUGAAUAUGCCAGAAUGGUCCACCCUGAUCCAGAUUGGUAUCUCUCUGAUAACAAGUACAAAGGAGUGAGUGUUGACCAUAAAAAGAAUGAAAACUCCGCUAGUUUUGGAAAGUCUGAAGUACAAUCAUUUCGAGUGAAUGAUUUUACUUUUACUCCAAAAAUUACUGGCAUACCCAAUGCUGCACACUCAUGGGAAAAAGAAGCUCAUAGGAUGAAGAAAAAUAAGGAGAUGGCAAAGGAGAGCUUUAAAGGCCGUAAUUUUUCUUCCGACGACCAACAAUACUUGAAUCUGAAUAAGGAGAUGGCAAAGGAGAGCUUUAAAGGCCGUAAUUUUUCUUCCAACAACCAACAAUACUUGAAUCUGAAGCUUACUGGCUCACUAUUUAAGACAACUAACAAAGAAGAAUCAGUUUCCGGAAAUAAUGGGAGAAGUGUUACUAUUUACGAGAGUCAUUGCCCACCCCUACCAACCAGUAAUAAUCAAAUAUCCAUUGAAAACACCGUAGCUACUGAUGAAAUAAAUGGUUUUAAGCAGCUGAAAGGUUCAAGUAGGACCGAAGUUUCUGGUAAUGGAUCAUUGCCAGGGCUGGUCUUCGAUGACCACGAAGACCUUGGAACCUGUGAAGAUAGUGAUUUUCUAUUUGAGGAUCAUUCUCCGCAACCCCCAACUAGCAGUAAACAAAUUUCUAGAGCCAAAAGUGUAAAUUCCGAUACGAUAAAUGGUUCCAAGCAGUUAAAUGGCUCAUCACAGGGGGCAGUUUCAGAUGACAUCCAAUACAGAAGACAUAUGGAUCCCAAUGCAACCAGAAGGGACCAAGCCAAUGAAAAUGGGGUGGCUAGCAGUGAAGAAAAUCUCCCAGUUUAUCGAAAUGAUAUUCACAAGCAGCUUGCUAAGAUUUAUAACCAGGUUCUUGUUGUAGAUAAUAUCUCCGUCGCGAAGGAAGUUGUUCUGAUGCUUACAACCAAAUUCAGGCAUCUUGUUCAUGCAUGUGAUACUGAGGUAUCUAAUAUUGAUGUGAAGCAAGAGACACCUGUUGAUCAUGGUGAGAUAACAUGUUUCAGUAUUUAUUCGGGAGCAGAUGCAGAUUUUGGAAAUGGGAAGUACUGUAUCUGGGUCGAUGUUCUAGAUGGUGGUGGCAGGGAUCUUCUGAAGGAAUUUGUUCCAUUUUUUGAAGAUCAAUCCAUCAAAAAGGUGUGGCACAAUUAUAGUUUUGACAGUCAUGUUAUCAGUAACUAUGGGCUUGAGGUUUCUGGAUUUCAUGCUGACACAAUGCAUAUGGCACGGUUGUGGGACUCAUCAAGACGUACAUUGGGUGGUUAUUCUCUUGAAGCACUUACGGGUGAUAGAAAUGUUAUGCAAAGGAGCACAUGGCGUAAAGAAGAAAAGGAACUGAUAGGUAAAACAUCAAUGAAAACCAUUUUUGGCAAGAAAAAGGUGAAAAAAGAUGGAUCUGAGGGAAAAAUGAUCACCAUUGCCCCUGUUGAGGAGUUACAGCGGGAAGAACGCAAAUUAUGGAUUUGUUAUUCUGCCUUAGAUUCUAUAAGCACACUGAGGCUUUACGAGAGCUUGAAAAGCAAAUUAUCAAGCAUGUCUUGGGUAUUUGAUGGUAAAACAAUUCCUGGAAAGUCCAUGUAUCACUUCUAUGAAGAGUAUUGGCGGCCAUUUGGUGAGCUUCUUGUAAAAAUGGAACGUGAGGGAAUGUUGGUUGAUCGGAUGUAUCUUGCUCAGCUAGAGAAGGUUGCUAAAGUAGAGCAAGAGAUUGCUGCUAAUAGGUUUCGCAUUUGGGCAUCUAGAUAUUGUGAUGAUGCCAAGUACAUGAAUGUGGGUAGUGAUACUCAGCUCCGCCAGCUUCUUUAUGGUGGCAUACUUAACAGCAAGGAUCCAAAUGUGAGCCUCCCUGAAGAGAAAACUUUCAAAAUUCCAAAUGUUGAUAAAGUGAUUGAAGAAGGCAAAAAGGCUCCCACUAAGUUUCGCAAUAUUAAGCUAUGUAGCAUUGGUGUUAAGCUCCCUGCUGAGAUUUACACUGCCACUGGUUGGCCAUCCGUUAGUGGUGUUGCUUUGAAGAGUUUAGCUGGGAAGGUUUCCGCUGAAUAUGAUUUCACAGAGGACACCGGUGAUGGUGAUAUUGAUGAUUAUCCUGAAACAAUGAUUGCAGUUGAUACAUCUGCAUAUGGAACUGCGUUUGCAGCUUUUGAGGAUGAGGAAAAGGGGAGGGAGGCAUGCCAUGCUAUUGCAUCAUUAUGUGAAGUUUGCUCUAUCGACUCCCUUAUAUCCAAUUUCAUUCUACCCUUGCAGGGGAGUAAUGUAUCAGGAAAGGGUGGGCGUGUCCAUUGUUCAUUGAAUAUCAAUACAGAAACUGGGCGCUUAUCUGCAAGGAGACCAAAUUUGCAGAAUCAACCUGCUCUAGAGAAAGAUCGAUAUAAGAUACGUCAGGCCUUUGUGGCUGCCCCUGGAAAUUCUCUUGUUGUUGCAGAUUAUGGGCAGCUGGAACUUAGGAUUCUUGCACAUCUGGCUGACUGUAAAAGCAUGUUGGAUGCCUUCAAAGCUGGUGGAGAUUUCCAUUCAAGGACUGCAAUGAACAUGUACUCUCAUAUCCACGAAGCCGUUGAAGAGGGGCAAGUUCUUCUUGAGUGGCAUCCUCAACCUGGUGAAGAGAAACCGCCAGUUCCACUUUUAAAGGAUGCCUUUGCUUCUGAAAGAAGAAGAGCUAAAAUGCUUAACUUUUCCAUUGCAUAUGGAAAAACUCCUGUGGGGCUUGCUAAGGAUUGGAAGGUUUCUGUAGAAGAAGCAAGGAACACUGUUGAUCUAUGGUACAAAGAAAGACAAGAAGUACUUGAAUGGCAGAAACAGCGUAAAUUUGAAGCUCAGAAAUUCGGCUGUGUUAAGACAUUGCUUGGAAGGGCUCGCCGCUUCCCAUCGUUUGCUCAUUGUACACGUGCUCAGAAAGGUCAUAUUGAACGGGCUGCUAUCAAUACUCCAGUGCAGGGGAGUGCCGCUGAUGUUGCAAUGUGUGCUAUGUUACAAAUAUCAAAGAAUGAAUGUCUAAAGGAGCUUGGGUGGAGGCUUCUUUUACAGGUUCACGAUGAAGUAAUCUUGGAAGGACCAAGUGAGUCGGCUGAGAUUGCAAAAGCAAUUGUUGUUGACUGCAUGUCAAAGCCCUUUGGAGGAAAGAACACUCUUAAAGUUGAACUAGCUGUUGACGCCAAAUGUGCUCAAAACUGGUAUGCUGCCAAAUAGAUAGUGGUUCGAGCUCCGAACAUGUAAAUUUUGGUUUCAAAAACUUUAUUCCAAGAUGCUGCUUUUUCCUCAAAAGAGGGAUAUCAGAGCUUGAGUUGUCCUUUUCUUUGCUGCUGCGGUAAUUUCUUACCUAAGGCUGUUCUUUAGGCAUUUCAUCUUCUGUUCAGUGAUGUAACCUUUGGGAUUUUUUUGUGGAUUUGGGGCAUGCUUUGGGGCUUUAGUUGCACUGCAGCACCAUAUGUACAGAAAUUAUUGUUGUCGUUAGUUAGUUCCUUGUAAAAUUCUGAUAGUACUAUGAUUCUUUUUCCUUCCUUUUGAGAAAUGAAGAUAUGCUUGAUUUUGUUUCCUUUUAUGUAA